GCCUGCGGCGGCAGCGCGGCCAUUUCAAGCUUUGAGUUUGGCAAUCUCAGCAUUGGCAAUUGCAUCAGCUUGUGUCUCCUGCAGGCAUAAUUCCAAGGGGCCGCUUUUCAUCAGUUAUUGCUCUGGGAAGCCGUCUAUUUACUCUCAGCGUUAUCCUUCUUUCGGUCCGAAGCUGCUUCCUCAGGUUUGAUAGGAGCGGAAUAGAUCCAUAAGAACGUAUCACGAGGCGGACUCACGAAGGCUUGUCCUGCUUCGUUCUUUGUGGCAUCAGUUCUUCCCUGAGCCAAAUUGUUUCCUCCCCGAUCAAUUGCCGCAUGUCAGGGCCUUUCUUGCUCUUUCCCGGCCUCCAAUUCUCCCUUGCGGGAGAUCAGUGCCUCUGGAGUGAAAGCUCCUUCUUGUCCUCAAAGCUCUGCAAGCGCCUUCAUCCAUGGCCGCCAGAUCACAGGCAGUCGUCUCGGGGGGGUCGUGCUGCCGCACCGCUCCAGCAGGGCAGCUCGAGGCAUUGCCUGCAUCCGCUGUUCCUGAGGAAACCCUAUACAGCAGUGUGAAACUCAGCAAGGGGGAGGAGUGUGUUGGAGGGGACUGCUCAAAGUGCACUUCGGUGGAUUGCCGCUGCCAGAAGUGUCUGACCAGGCGCGUAGUGGGGAUGACGCAGACUCAGGCAAUGGUCCCUGCUGCCCCUUCGCCAAAAGGCGUGCCAGUGGCUCGAGCCCCUGCGGUGCAUCCACUGGACCCCCUCAGCCCCGCGGAGAUUGCAGUGGCGAUCGCAACUGUUCGAUCAGCGGGGGCGACACCAGAGCUGCGCGACUCGAUGCGCUUCAUCGAGAUCUGCCUGAACGAGCCAGACAAAGACGUGGUUGCUUUAGCAGAUGCGCUGAUUCCCUUCCCGGGCCACCGCGUCACGCCCACCCCCCUCCCGCGAGUGGAGCUCGCAGGCAAAAGGAGCCCCCCCCGCCCAACGCAGCUGCCGGCCCGAGAGGCGAGGCUGACGGUCUAUAACAAGGCAAACAACGAGACCACAAUCUGGGUCGUCCAGUUGAAGGAAGUGCAUGCGCGGCAGAGAGGGGGGCAUCACCGGGGGACGGUCAAGAGCGUGGAAGUCAUUCCCGAUGUGCAGCCUGCUAUGGACGCGGCGGAGUACGCGCAGUGCGAGUCGCUGGUCAAGGCUUACGAGCCUUUCAUUGAGGCGAUGAAAAAGCGCGGGGUGGACGACAUGGAGCUGAUCAUGGUGGACCCGUGGUGCGUCGGGUGGUACUCGGAGCAGGAGGACCCUAGCCGCAGGCUUGCGGCGCCGUUGCUCUUCUGCAGGACCGAGAGCGACUGCCCCAUGGAGAACGGAUACGCUCGCCCGGUGGAGGGCAUCUUCAUCUUGGUCGACCUCCAGUUCAUGAAGGUUAUCAAGUUCGAGGACCGCGCCCUGGUGCCGCUACCCCCCUCAGACCCGCUGCGCAACUACACGGCCGGCGAGUCUCGCGGGUAUGGCGGGACCGACAGGACGGAUCUGAAGCCGCUUCUGGUGGUUCAGCCGGAGGGUCCCAGCUUCAAAGUGAACGGGUAUGCGGUGGAAUGGCAGAAGUGGAGCUUCCGCAUUGGUUUCACGCCCAAGGAGGGCCUCGUCAUUCACACGCUGGCAUACGAUGACGGCCCCCGCGGUCGGCGCGCCAUCGCACACCGCAUGAGCUUUGUCGAGAUGGUCGUGCCGUAUGGGGACCCUGCGGCCCCCCACUACCGCAAGAACGCGUUUGACGCGGGCGAGGACGGGCUGGGCAAGAACGCGCACAGCCUGAAGAAGGGCUGCGACUGCGUCGGCUUCAUCAAGUAUUUCGACGCGCACUUCACCAACUUCCUCGGCGGCGUGGAGACGAUCGAAAACGCGGUGUGCAUGCACGAGGAGGACCACGGCAUGUUGUGGAAGCACCAGGAUUGGCGCACCGCUGACACGGAGGUUCGCCGCAGCCGCCGCCUGGUGGUCUCGUUCGUGUGCACCAUCGCCAACUACGAGUACGGCUUUUUCUGGCACUUCUACCAGGACGGCCGCAUCGAGGGCGAGGUCAAGCUGACCGGCAUCCUCAGCCUGGGCUCUCUGCGCGACGGGGAGGUUCGCAAGCACGGCACCAUCAUUGCGCCCGGGCUGUACGCUCCCAUUCAUCAGCACUUUUUCGUGGCCCGUAUGGACAUGUCGGUGGACAGCCGCCCGGGGGAGGGCCACAACGAGGUGGUAGAACUGAACGUGCACACCGAAGACAAGGGGCCCAAGAACCCGCACGCCAACGCGUUUUACACGGAGGAGACGGUCCUGGGGUCUGAGCUGCAGGCCCAGAGAGACUGCAGCCCCUCCACCGCCCGCCACUGGAUCGUCCGCAACACGCGCACAGUGAACCGCACGGGUUAUCCGACCGGUUACAAGCUGGUGCCCGGGAGCAACUGCCUCCCAUUCUGCCACCCGGACGCCAAGUUCUUGCGGCGCGCCAAAUUCCUGGAGCAUAACCUAUGGGUCACGCAGUAUAAGCGGGGGGAGCUUUUCCCGGGGGGCGACUUCCCCAACCAGAACCCGCGCCUCGGGGAGGGCCUCCCGACCUGGACACAGCGUGACGCCAAGCUGUCGGAUGCUGACGUCGUACUCUGGUACGUGUUUGGCGUGACCCACGUGCCCCGCCCAGAGGACUGGCCCGUGAUGCCGUGCGAGACCAUUGGUUUCCAUCUCAUGCCGCAUGGGUUCUUUAAUUGCUCUCCGGCGAUCGACGUCCCCCCAGCUGCCGAGGAGAAGACGCAGAUGGAGACAGGCAACGGCGCGGCAAACACGGAACUCCCGAGGGCUCUCAUCUCCAAGCUGUAGAGUGUGUACCAUUCAUAUGGAGGGCGUGGUUCGUGUGCGUCAAAGGCCGUUUCAGGUCAUGCGGGUCUUUGAACGCAUAUGGCCGUCAAACUCUAAAUAGAAGCCGCUAUCCGGGGGGAUGCAUUACGCACGAAGGUCUUGAUUCUGCAAAGGUGAUUGCAUGCUUGAAUGUGGCGCCUUGAUCAAAAUAAGUGAAUACGACGUGUUGACAAUCUACAAUAGCUAUAGAGCGUCCUAAGAAAAACAUUACUGAUUGAUAUAGCCGUCAAAAAGUCGUAGCCAUUUGCAAUUGGAUUGAAUUGUUAUAUACAAACCUUUUUUCCAACUUUCGUGUGAGCUUCGUUCGAGAGGAGAUUGAAUACAGCGUUACUUGAACGUUAUACACAUGUGGGACUUACCAAACAAACAUUUACUGCUACCAGAUCAGUGAUUCUGAUUGUCAAGCAAUGCCAACCUUUUGAAGUCCG